AUGUUUCAAGCUUCAACGUCGUCGUAUAAAAUACUUUCACAAGAGCCACAAGUAGAUGAAAAUGAAAAUGAUUUUAGUUCGUCGUUGAGCUCAGAUGAAUCAGAAGAUUCAUUGGAUCUAGCAUUAAAUAAAAUCAGAAAUAGCCCAAGAAGAUCAAGACGAAAGCGAAAACGUAUUAAAAUGGUAAGAAUCGAUGGAUUUGAUGCUGCUGCCGAGUCUUACGAGGAGCUCAUUGGAUCGGCAAAACGUAAGAGGCAGUUUCUUGUACUCGGUGGAUUAUGCAUACUUGCCAUAGCUGUAAUUCUUGCUAUUGUCUUAUCUGUCUUUCUUGUAAACAAAUCUGCCGAAGAUAAACUGGAUGAAAUAGUUUUAGAUGACAUCAUUAAAGGAAAAUUGCAGCCUAGAAGGUUUAAUGGAACUUGGAUUGAUGACAAAUCGUUUCACUAUUUCGAUGUUAAUGGCGAUUUCAUCAUCUACAAUGCCGAUUCCAAAACUCGAGAAAUAAGAGUCAGAACAAAUUCCACCAUUUAUGAGCGCUUUGUGACGUCAAAUAGCUUUGAAUUCUCGCCAGAUAAGAAGUACAUCCUUCUUACAACAAACAUAAUUAAGCUUUAUCGUCAUUCAUUCUUUGCUAAUUGGAGGAUAUUUGAUAUCGCAGCAGAAACAAUAACAGAUGUGAAAAUCACGGAGGAAGAUGACAGUUUUAUCUAUCGAUUAGUCAAAUUUGGACCAGAUUCAUCGUUAAUUAUUGUUGAUAAGUUUAAUAUUUACUACAAACCAUCACCAACUGCUGAGUCUAUUCAAAUCACUAAAGAUGGAGAUUUGUCGAGUUCACAUAAAAUUGUUAAUGGUGUGCCUGAUUGGGUUUAUGAGGAAGAAGUUUUCUCGUCAAAUUCUGCAACUUGGUUCUCAAAAGACGGAAAGAAAAUUGCCUUUAUUCAAUUUGUGGAUAGUAAUGUUCCAACCAUAACAUUGCCUAUUUAUGGACUUCCAGGACAGUACAAAUACCCAGAGAUGAUACCUGUUAGCUAUCCAAAAGCUGGAGCAAAAAAUCCAUUAGUCAAGCUGUUUUAUGUUACUUUAAAUGGUGUAAAUCCUGACAGCUUGCCAGAAAUUCCAAAACCAGUAAGCUUAAUAGCUGAUGAGUAUAUUAUCACUUCUGUUGGAUGGGCAAAUGAAAACGAGUUAAUUUCAGUCUGGAUGGACCGUGUUCAAAAUCGUGGACUUAUCCUUAAGUGCACUUCCAAUAAUAAUUGUGUCGAUCUUUUAACUUUAGACACAACUGAAGGAUGGAUUGAAUUCUUCACUGCACCGUUAUUCAAUGGUGAUGGAACUGAAAUGAUAUUUAUCGGAUCGACUGAUGGCUAUCGUCACAUCAAAGUAUUGAAUUUAAACAAUCGAACUGUAUCAAAUAGAACAUCUGGAAAGUAUAUUAUUACGGAAAUAUUAAAGUUCAAUAAGGAUAACAACGUGAUAAUUUAUACCGCAAAUACUGAAGAAGACAUUAAGGCACAACAUGUAUAUGCAAUUAAAAAUGUGAAUGGAGCACUGCCAAUGUGUUUGACAUGUAAAUUAUAUGAGGGACAAUCAUAUUACAGUGCGGAAGUGUCAGAAGGUGGAAGCUAUUUAAUUAUUAAUAGUGGAGGACCUGAUGUACCUCGUGCGGAUUUAUAUACACUAAAAAUAGAAGGAGAUAAAAUUGUGUUAGCAGAUCAUAUGGAAGUUGAGAAAAACGAUGACUUUAAGAAUCUUGUUUAUAAGAAAAAAGUCCCAAGAAAGAUUUACGAUAGCAUUGAAUUAGAUGAUGAGACAGACGCGUCUAUAAUGAUGAUAGUUCCUAGUGAUUUAGAUGAAAGUAAAAAGUAUCCAAUGCUUGUUGAAGUUUAUGGAGGUCCAGAUUCAUCAAGUGUCACAAAUCGUUAUUCAAUUGAAUGGGGAACUUAUCUAGCAUCAAGUUUAGACAUAAUUUAUGUAAAGAUUGAUGGUAGAGGAAGUGGACUAAAGAGUGAUAAGCAUUUGCAUGCAUUGUACAAGAAUUUAGGAACAGUUGAAGUCGAAGAUCAAGUUAGAACUGCUGAGAAGUUGCAUGAAAAAUAUCCGUACUUAGAUUCAACAAGAACUGGAAUUUGGGGUUGGUCGUACGGAGGCUAUGUGUCUGGAAUGAGUUUAAUGAGAGAUAACAAGGUCUACAAAUGUGCAACAAGUGUAGCGCCUGUUACUGACUGGGAACUUUAUGAUUCAAUUUAUACAGAACGAUACAUGCUGACACCCGAGCUAAAUCCAACAGCUUAUAAUGCGUCUCGCAUGACAAAUUUUGUUGAAAACAUAACAAAGCACAAUAAAAUGUACAUGUUGGUGCAUGGAACUUUAGACGAUAAUGUUCAUUUCCAGCAAGGUAUGGUUCUUGCCAGAGUUUUGGAGCGCAGUGAUAUUCAGUUCAAAGAAAUUACAUAUCCCGAUGAAGAUCAUUCACUAGCCGGAGUUCGUCCCCAUUUAUACCAUUCACUCGAGCACUUCUUUAAAGAAUGCUUUAACUUAUCAGACUAG